AUGGGCCCUCCACUUAACGCGGCACCAAUCUCAUGGCAAGAAAUCCAAGAACUUGCGCCUAUCGCUCGCCAAGGAGCGGCGGAACAACUUUUGCACCUUUGGAAGAGACAACGACACCGAAUUGAUCCAGAGCCACUCUGGGGAGAUGAGAUCGAGUACACCUUGAUUAACCUCGAUAAGAGCACAUCCAAAGCAACGCUGCUCUUGAGCCAAGAGGAUGUUCUGCGCCAAUAUAGGAAGCGUUGCGAAGGAGAGAACAUUGAGCCUUGGAACGCGGUUUCUUUUCAGCCGGAAUGGGGUCGAUAUAUGGUUGAAGCCACCCCCGGGGAACCGUAUGGGGGAGAAAUAACUGCAUUAUUGAAUGCGGAAAGCAACAUGCGUUUAAGGCGGAAGUUGAUUCGACAAUGUUUACUACCAGGUCAACAUCCUGUGACUCUCAGUGUCUUUCCUGGCCUUGGUACGCGUGGACAAUUCACAGCAUCUGAGCUGAGCCGCGUCUUUCCACAAGCUGCUUUGUACCGCCAAAUAUAUCAUCCAAGUACACGCUAUAUCAUGGUCACAGAGAGCUUAGCUGCCCGACGACAAGGACGGUUUGAAAGCCAUAUCCCGGUUUUUCGAGACGAAUCGACGGAGCAACCGUUUUACGACAAAACCGCGUCGUAUGAGUACUCCACAGAGCAUCCACCCCCAGCAGACCCGAAAGAGGGUCAUCUGCAUCUGGAAAGCCCCGGCCUUGGCAUGGGAAGCUGCUGCAUUCAAGUCACGAUGCAAGCACCAAAUGAACCUGAGGCUCGAUGGUUGCACGAUCAGCUUAUGGCAUUGGGGCCGCUCAUGUUGGCAUUGACUGCUGCAACACCUAUGUACAAAGGCUAUUUGGUCGAUACAGAUACACGCUGGGGACGAAUCUCCGCAUGCCUCGAUGAUCGCACGACUGAAGAGCUGACCACAAUCCCACCUCGCUAUUCCUGGAAUCGGACAUAUAUCUCGUCAGAGAAACCGCUGGAUGUGGAAAACAAGACACCUCUGCAGCCUGUCGAUGAGAAAGUUAAAUGCCGUCUUAUGGAUGGCGGAAUGGACGAGCCUUUGGCGCAUCACUUCGGAACCGUUCUUUCUCGUGACCCUAUGAUUUUGAGUCGAGAAGAUAUCGAACAAUUUGACCCCAACCAUACGGGUCUCUUUGAUAUGCUUUACAACAGUGUAUGGCAACAUGUACGCCUGAAGCCCCCGUUGAGUGACUCUGGACCCGGCUGGCGAGUCGAAUUUCGGCCAAUGGAAGUUCAGCUGACAGACUUGGACAAUGCGGCAUUUUCCAUAUUCAUUUACCUUCUCUCGCGCGCUAUCACCAUCUUUCAUCUGAGCUUCUAUAUUCCUAUCGACAAGCUGAGCGACUCCAUGGAGCGAGCCCAGAAACGCAACGCAGCGCUCGACCAACGAAUCUGGUUCCGUCGCACGGGCUGGUCUACAACAGAGCCACAUAACAACCACGCAUGUGAGGGAUGUUCACCAGAUUGCUGCAUGAAACCAAAGACAAGCACAUGGAGAAGCUCUAAAGAACCCUAUCAAGACCCUUCCUCGCCGUAUGCUCUGUUAUCCAUGGAUGAGAUUGUGAACGGCGAGAACCGGAAAAUUUCAAACGGGUUUCCGGGAUUGAUCAACAUCGUUUGGGCCUAUUUGCAGUACAUUGAAACUCCGUUACUGGAGAGAAAGCGAUUGAAGCCGUAUCUAGACGUGAUCAGCAAACGGGCCAGUGGAGAGCUUCCAACCCCUGCGCAAUGGAUGAGGUCAGUGGUCAUGACACAUCCGGAGUAUCAGAGAGAUAGCCGCGUGGGGGAGAAGAUUCGGUAUGACUUGAUGCAAGAGAUAGUCAGUAUGGAGGAGUAA